CGAUAUUUUGGCAAAAGGAAUCACGAUAUAAACAUAACCCUGUUGGCAAAAAAAAAUAUAUAAAUUUGGAAACAUGGAGCUAAACAUAGAGUUAAAGAAACUUCGGGAACUGGAACUUAAAACGCAUGGACUGGCCACCCGGCUGAGUUCUGGCACCUCUGACCAGCUCGACGGCGAUCUGAUUCAGCUCCAAAUUGAAAAUAAAAAGCUCAAGCACCGGCUGCAGAUUCUCAAGAAGUCCAUUGCAGAAGAAUCAACAGGUGCAAAUAAUUGUGAAAACUGCUCGAUCACUGAGCACUUGGAGAAUGUGUUUGCGCAAGCAAUCGCCGUGGCGUAUCCGGAAUAUAGCAAGACCCCUGUGUUGAUAGCUCCCGUCAGUAGUGGGUCGGCGAAAUUCGGUGACUAUCAGUGCAACAAUGCCAUGGGCUUGGCAAAGAAGUUCAAAGAAGCCGGCAUUAAUAUCCCCCGUGAAAUUGCCAUCGAAUUGCAACGAAACUGCCCUUCUUCGCCCAUUAUAGACAAGCUGGAAGUAGCUGGAGCAGGCUUUGUGAAUGUUUUUCUAAGCAAGGCUUUUGCAGCUGAAGCGCUGAGCAGCCUGCUGCGAAACGGCAUUAAACCGCCAUCGGUGCCUAAGAAGCGUGUCUUGAUCGACUUUUCGUCGCCGAACAUAGCAAAGCAAAUGCACGUCGGUCACUUGCGUUCCACAAUUAUUGGCGAAUCGAUUUGUCGGCUGCUGGAGUUCCUGCAACACGAUGUAUUGCGUAUAAAUCACCUUGGCGAUUGGGGAACACAGUUUGGAAUGUUAAUUGCCCAUUUGGAAGAUCGCUUCCCCAAUUAUCUGAACGAGAGUCCGCCCAUUCAUGACUUACAAUUGUUCUACAAGGAAUCGAAAUUGCGAUUCGACGAAGACGAAGAAUUCAAAAAGCGUGCCUAUAGUCGCGUAGUCUCUCUCCAAAACGGCACACCGAACUCUAUUAAAGCCUGGGAAUUGAUCUGCAAUGUUUCGCGUAAGGAGUUCCAAACGAUUUAUGAGCGUUUAGAUGUAACCAUCGAAGAACGUGGCGAGUCGUUCUAUCAAUCACGGAUGCUGUCCGUGGUAGAGUUUUUGCGUUCGAAGCAAUUAUUAGAAACGGACGAUGGACGGGAGAUUAUGUGGCCCGACGAAAGCAAGACGGGAAUCCCACUGACAAUUGUCAAGUCAGACGGCGGCUUCACCUAUGACACCUCGGAUAUGGCGGCCAUACGCCAUCGUGUAGAAGAGGAGAAAUGCACUUGGAUGAUUUAUGUGGUCGAUGCAGGACAAAGCACACAUUUUAACACCAUAUUCAAGGCAGCGGAACGCUCUGGCAUUCUGAAUCCAGCCGUCCAUCGUGUGGACCACGUUCAGUUCGGUGUAGUACUUGGCGAGGAUGGAAAGAAGUUCAAGACUCGAUCUGGUGAUACUGUUAAGCUAUCCGACUUGCUUGACGAGGGUAUGAAGCGUUCGUUGCAGCAGCUGGAAAGUCGUGGACGCGAAAAGGUGCUCACUCCUCAAGAGUUAAAGGACGCCCAGGAGGCUGUGGCCUACGGAUGUAUCAAGUAUGCCGAUCUGCGUCAUAAUCGUGUUGGCGACUACAUCUUUUCAUUCGAUAAGAUGCUGGAUGAUCGAGGCAACACUGCCGUUUAUCUACUGUACACCUAUACCCGUAUAUGCUCGAUUGCCCGAAACUCUGGGGAAGAUUUCACCGAUUUGGCCAAGGUGCUGAGCACAGCUACCAUUGAAUUGGACCACGAAAAGGAGUGGAAGCUGGCGAAGACCCUUUUGAAAAUGCAUGACAUAUUUAUCAAGUGUUCCAAGGAACUUUACCUGCAUUUCCUGUGUGAAUUCUGCUAUGAGGUAUGCGCUGUAUUCACAGAAUUCUAUGACAGUUGUUAUUGCAUUGAAAGAAAUAAGGCUGGUGAGAUUAUUGGAGUUAACCGCAGUCGAAUUCUGCUGUGCGAGGCAACAGCGGCCGUUUUGAGGCAGAGCUUUUAUAUUUUAGGCUUAAAACCCGUUGUGAAAAUGUAGAAUUUCCAAUUCAAAAUAUUUGACUAAAAGCUUGUAAACGAAUAAAACCAAUCAAGCUAUAAAAUUAA